CCGCCGGGAUUCGACACUGCCUCCCUCCGCUACUGCAGCCUGGUCGCGAGGAGCUGUACCAAUUCACUUAUUAUUAGCGAUAUCAGAAAUUAUAAACAAUUUGCCAUUUUAAAACCAGGGAAUAGUCCGUCGUUGGAUACCACCACCCUCUGCAAAAAUGCAGGCCAUCAAAUGCGUCGUGGUGGGCGAUGGAGCGGUGGGAAAGACAUGUCUUCUCAUCAGCUAUACCACCAAUGCCUUCCCUGGAGAAUACAUCCCCACAGUGUUUGACAACUACUCUGCCAAUGUGAUGGUAGAUGGGAAACCAGUGAAUCUUGGACUGUGGGAUACUGCAGGACAGGAGGACUACGACAGGCUCAGACCACUGUCCUAUCCACAGACGGACGUGUUCUUGACAUGCUUUUCUCUGGUGAGCCCUGCCUCCUUUGAGAACGUCAGAGCUAAGUGGUACCCGGAAGUGCGUCACCACUGCCCCAACACCCCCAUCAUCCUGGUGGGCACGAAGCUGGACCUGAGGGACGACAAGGACACUAUUGAGAGGCUGAGGGACAAGAAGUUGUCCCCAAUCACCUACCCUCAGGGCCUGGCCAUGGCACGGGAGAUAGGUGCGGUGAAGUACCUGGAGUGCUCAGCCCUGACCCAGAGGGGGCUGAAGACGGUUUUCGACGAGGCCAUCCGGGCCGUCCUGUGCCCGCCACCAAUCAAAAAGAGGCGCAAGAAGUGCACCCUCUUCUGAGAGGGGGGGCGAGGAGGAGUGCACCCUCUUCUGAGG